CAGGAGCGGAACCUUUCCCGAACGCCUCUAGUGUCACACGGACUGUUUAGAAAGUACUCGUAAAUAUCAGUAAAGAUGGCGACGCUCGCGAAGAAGCCACAUGUCGUUGUUGAAGAGGGAAACGAAGCGUUUGGGGUUUCUGAUGACAGUGUCAGUAAUGAUGGAGAGAGUGAUCAGGAGGAAUCUGAUGUAGAAGACAGCGGUGAUGAGGAUAGAAAGAGCGAGGAAGAACAGAAUGGAGACGCUGCUGAAAAUCCCAACACCGGCUGGGCCGAAGCCAUGGCCAAAAUCCUGGGCAAGAAAACCCCAGACAGCAAACCCAUCAUCCUCCUGAAGAACAAAGAGCUGGACAAGAUCAAAGAGAAGGAGAAGAAAGAGCGGCUGGAGAAAAAGAAACGGCUCGAUAAGAAACGAGCAUGGGAGAAUAUGUGUCGAGAGAAGCCUGAUGUGGUUCGAGACCGAGAGCACGAGAGGAACCUACAGAAAAUUGCAACCAGAGGUGUGGUGCAGUUGUUCAAUGCUGUGAAGAAGCAUCAGAAGAACGUGGAUGACAGGAUAAAGGAAGUUGGGGGUUCAGAGAGAAAGAAAUCCAGAAUUCUGUCCUCAGUGACUAAGAAGGACUUCAUCGAUGUCUUGAGAGGAGCGGAUGUGGCUCACAAACCGGCCGUCAAAAAAGAGAAAGUGCAGCCUGUAGAAGUGAAAGGGGAGAAUCCAUCCUGGAGCGUGUUGAGGGAUGAUUUCAUGAUGGGCACAUCCAUGAAGGACUGGGAUAAGGAGAGCGAUGAAGAGCGUGAGGAAGGAGAAGACAGCCUUGAGCCUGCUGAAGAGUACAGCAGUGAAUCAGACUGAUCCAUCACAUGAAGUGCACAC